CCAUCGCAUACAAUUUCUCUCUUCAAUACAUAUAAAUGUCUAAAUGUAGGGCCUACUUUGGAGAAUUUAAUCACGUCAUAAAGUUCAGUCUGGGUGUCUAUCUUUUUGUAUAUGCGUGUAAAAUGAGUCAUAUUAUCAGUAGUGUCAUCCAUUUUGAUGACGGACGUUUUUUAGGAUGAGGUGACAGUUUUUGCUGAGAAAUUCAUUCACAGGUUAAUUGGAUAACUCGUGGAAAUGUCUAUGAUUAACUUGUUGGAUUCUGACCCUUCGUUUGACCAUCUGAAACAGUACAGGAGUUCAUUUGAACUUUCUAAGUCACCCAGUCAAUUCCAACGUGAUCAUGGUCAGAGGGAAGUGCAGUCAAGUCGUUACCGACCUAGUCAUGGGGAGGUGAGGUAUUCAGGGGAUCCAACUGGGUCCUUCUCCAGAUCUACUUCUGGGUAUGGAACAGAUGAAAAUUAUGGAAGGCUUGGGCCACGUUGGCACUCAAUGGAUGUAUUGGAACAGUCCAACUCCAAGUCGUCUGACAAUCAAACUGAUCUGCGGCCAUACCGCGGGGCUGAUUCAGGCCGAUAUCUACCUUCAGAGGAGGAACCAAGCCCUUCCUAUGACCAGACUUGGCCUCGGCCCCAGCGCAGUGAUCAUGAAGAAAAGCAGGAUUCUAAAGGACAGCUUAGAUCCCCCAGCAAUUUGGCAGGGUCCAAGCAAUAUCGUAGUGAACUCAACUUGAGACAAUCCAGAGGUUCUGCUGAAAAAGUAGGGAGACCUCGACUUUUGUCUAGCCGCAGUGUAAGGCCUUCCAAUGAUAAGGAGCAACAUAGACCUACGAUUUUGCCUGCUUAUAGGUCCAAGGCCAGGCCAGGUAAUGAAACCCUUCCACGUCGCAGGCGAUCUGCAGAACAAGCAGACAUUUCUAACAAAGACAAAGGUUCGAGUCCGAACUCUGGAAGGCUGGAAGAAUCCAGGUAUACUCCUGUUCAGAAGUUCAUUAGGACGUAUAGCACUCAAACAGAUCCAAAGGCAGAUGCGAGGGAUCCGCAGGAGCAAUCGAGGUAUGUAAAGGAAUAUACACAAUGGAGGUAUUCGAAGGAAAACCCAAGGAGUCCAAAGAGCCCAACAGACCAGGACUUCAGACAAUAUAGAAAGCCGGAAGAACGUAGAAGGCACCCUGACCCACAAAAUGAUCCAAGAUCACAGAGACAUCAUGAGGAGCAACCAAGGUUCCUCAAAAACCAAACUGGUUCCAUGGCCUCUUACUAUGACAGUCCAGGUUCUCUGCGGAAGUCUGAGGAACAAUCAAGGUUCCCCUCUAACGAAACUGGUUCCACCUCCAACUAUGGGAGUGAGGGGCCCCCGAGGAAGUCUGAGGAGCAGCCAAGGUUCCCCACAAACCAAACUGGUCCCGCCUCAAGCUAUGACAGCCCAGGUCCUCCAAGGAAGGCUGAGAAACAGCUAGAGAGAAUCCCUUCUAUUGUUGUUUCACCAUCAGAAAGGGUCCAUGCUGAGGACCAUGUCAGGUCCUAUGAAACUAGAACUAGUGUUAGAGCUGUGGAUGAGUCAAGGAAUUUCAGUGGUCAAACUGCUCCAAGUCCUAACCUUGAAAGAAAUGGACUGCGCACACGUUCAGUUGAUAUUCUUCCCAAGUCACCUUCACCUCACCAAACUGCCCCCAAGCCUUACCAAGGGAAUAGCCAUGAAAGCUAUGAUCAUAGAACUGUUGAAGAUCGGAGGCAUUCAGAAGAACCACCAAGGUCUACUGAGAGUAGGCCUUGCCAUGAACAAUGGAGACAUUCAGACUCAUCUGACCAAGUGCAACAAACAACAAAUAUGUCUUCCUUUCAUGAUUUUCAAAUUACGAGGGCCAAACCUGAUUCCAAUCAUUCAGUUGAGCUUCGAUAUUCAAAGAGGUCAACAUCCUCUGACCAUCAACUUGAUGACCAGGCUCGGCCACCAUCGGAUCGGCGAGACUCAGUUCAACGCAGGCUUUCAGAGGGGUCAACAAACUCAGACUGCCUUCCUGUUCCAAGUCCAAACCACGGAGGACUCGGACAGCGGUCAUAUUCAAUGGACAUGCUGGCUUCAUCUUCAUUUGCUGGCCAGGGAAAUUCACUAGAACAUAGACAUUCUGAGGAGCAGCCUGUUUCCAGCGAUAAAGUUGGUGAUGAUUUCAAACAGGACCAGGGGGAACAGGCAGAGUCCUCUGGACUUCCUUCAGCUCCUGAGGAUGAUCUUGAGUUCGAAUUGUUGAUGGCUGAGGGAAGGAAGAGCCAGGUCCUACUCUUAGAUGAAAGGAAGCUCGAGUUUCUCAUUCAGCCAAAGCUCCUGUCAUGUGACCUGCUCGACCUGGUAGCCUCGCACUACAACCUCAAGGAAAAGGAAUACUGUGGAUUAGCAUUCGUUGAUGAUACCGGCCAUUUUAACUGGUUACAGCUCGACCGCCGAGUCUUAGAACAUGAUUUUCCAAAGAAGUCCGGUCCAUUAGUUUUACACUUUUUAGUCAGGUUUUUUAUCGAGUCCAUAGGAUACCUGCGAGAUCGAGCGACCGUAGAGGUGUUUUAUUUACAAGCCAAACAGAACAUUUAUAAGGGUAUCAUCGAGUGUGACAGUGAGACUGUCUUUGAACUCGCUGCACAUGUGUUGCAGGCGACACAUGGAGACUUUACUUAUGAGGACACUGCCAGAGAGGACUUCAAGAGACUGCCAUUGAUUCCUGUGAGGACUCUAACUGAACAUCCUUCUCUCUCAUACUGUGAGGAUGAGAUCAUAACUCACUAUAAAAAACUCGCUGGAUUAUCUCGGGGAUCUGCAAUAGUCAAUUAUAUGACCAUCUGUGAAUCAUGUCCAACAUAUGGUAUACAUUACUAUGAAGUAAAGGACAAGAGUGGUUUGCCGUGGUGGUUGGGUCUGAGUUACAAGGGAAUCUCACAGUAUGACCACUGUGACAAGAAAGUCCCAAGACGAGUGUUUGCGUGGAAGCAGUUAGAAAAUCUCUACUUCCGAGACAAGAAAUUCUCAAUAGAAGUGCAUGACCCAAAACGUAUAAUCCACGCGUUGAGCAGUUUCAACUUGUAUGAGGAAGCGAUCCAAGAACCCCUGGAGGAGUUUGAUGAACUUUCUGAUGCGAUAUCAGACCCAACCACACAAGUGUCAGUGAGUCGACGAACGUUUGGUCCUAGUAAUGUUAACGUCUAUGCCUGGUUUACGAGCACAGCAGCACUGACGAAAUGUAUCUGGUCAAUGGCGGUCAGCCAACAUCAGUUUUACUUAGAUAGGAAACAAAGCAAGAUCCAGCUGCCUGCCGUGCGCUCAAUGAGUGAGAUAGCUGCUGACCUCUCACAGUCGACGCCCUCCCUCCACAGCUCGGCCGCCUCUGAUAACAUCAGUCUCGGCAGCACCCAGAGCCUCUCCAUCUCCAACUGUUCUAAACUUGAGCGUAAGUACUCGCAGCUGCCGCCAGAAGAGGCCGCCGAAUACGCCGCGGCCAAGAAGGAGAUGUUUGAAGCGUUGAAAGCCCGUAAGGCGGCGCUAGAGGAGAAGUUGAAGAAGAAGACGGAAGAACUCCGAGCAUUAUGCAUCAACGAAGGGGAGCUGACUGGCGAACUGCCGAUCGAGACUCCUCUCGUUCCUGGUGAAGAGCUGCCCAAGUUCAGGAAGAGGGUUGGCACAGCAUUUACGUUAUCACCCAAAAUAGUCUCAGGCGAUCAUCAAACGGAGGAGGAGGAAGAGAUAGGUAAACUGGAACUCGAGUAUGAACUCCAGAAACAGAUCAGUAGUGCUGCUCACAAACUCGCUCAGGAUAAACGCAUGUCAAAGAAGGUGCGCAAGCAGAGGAAGGAGGCUUAUAUGAAAUCAUCUCUUAAGUUGAAAGAAUUGGAAAAGAAACUGAACGAUCUCCGACGGAAUAUUGGUCGUGCUGCUCUCACCGCCCAUUCGUCAGUUGAUGAUCUUGAUAGUGUUGAUGAUAGUUUGGGACUGACCACGGACAGUGAAUCCGAUGCCAUAUCCCAGAACUCCGGCUCCCCUGCUGUGCAUAAGAAGCUGCUGCUGAACAGUCAUGAGAAUACAAAGGUUGAGAUUGUGGAGCUCCAGCGACCUAACAUGCUGUCCAAUGAACACGCACCAUCAACGGGGUCAUCGCUGUGUUCACUAUCGGAGAAUAUUUCACCGCAAAGUCCAUCGAAACAGCAGUCGAGAGACUCGAGCCCUAGUCCAAGCAGGAGCCACAGUGGACAGACAGGAUACAUGCCCAGUUCAAUCUACACGACACGCACCCAGUAUCGCAAUCAAAUGUACCCGACAUUCAGUACGAGGCAGUCAGUAACGAGUAACCAAUCAGAUUAUGAUAACAUGAGUUACAAAGGAUCAAAAGGUGAACUCAGCCAGGAGGAUUAUAAUGUGUAUAACAUCUCAACCAACCGUACGUCUCGUUAUGACAGUGAGGAUAGUUUACAAAUGACUCGUAUCGAGCCGUAUGUCACGCCAGAAAACCCGGAGAGGACUGAUUAUCGCUAUGUGUGUAGUGAUGAACGGUUACGUACUCUACCUCGCGAUCGCCAUGGGAGUUUAGAUGCUACGUAUCGACGGACAAAUUCUAAUUCUAGUAUGGACCAAAAAUACGGAAGUUUAGAACGUAAUUUUAGUUACAGUGGUCAGACUGCGUUUAUGGCUGAGCAACCUGAGUACCAGGCUGGACAGUAUGAGGUGGAUCAUACACCGGCCGAUUCUGAAUCUGAUCUGCUUUCUGAGCGAGAGCGCCCUCUAGGUGAUCACGAACAUUGGUAUGAAACUCAGGAAAGUGGUGUGAAUACGGAUAAUGUGCCACCAGAAUACUCGGACCGAGAUCGGCCACCCGAAUAUGAGUCGUCACGAGCUCAGUUUUAUAUUGCGGAAAACGCGCCUGAGUAUGGUCAAGGGGACGAUCAUACUCCCCAGGAAGACAAUCCUAUUCCCCACCCGUACGUGGGACAGAAUAUCGGUCAGUUCCCUCAAGGUCAAACUUUUACGACAGUGCAUCAGUAUCCGAGCUAUAAGGAGGAGUCAAAACCAUUUGAAAUGUCUGACUUUUAUAAAUAUAGUGAAAAGUUACGCCGACAGCGUAGUAUAGAACGCCAGCAUAUAGAGCCACCACGACGGGCUAAAUCACCGGCACCAAGUCACUGCUCCUCGAGUUCAUCAGAACGAGCUUUUGUGCCGCAUUACGCUCACUCUGUGCCUGUGAUGCGAAAAGACACACUCAGUCCUCAGCCGGAUUAUGCUUAUACUGGUUCAGGGACGGGACCGCGGGGUAUGUGCGUACCCAUCGAGGAACAAUACCAGUGUGGAGCACCCUCUCCUGGGCCUAUACUGACUCCUAGCCCACAGUUGGCACAUGUUGCCCCAAGCCCGCAAAUACAAAUGGCACAUAUUCCUCCGAGCCCGCAAAUGACUCAUCGUGCAGGUAGCCCAGGACCGUAUAUGGCAGGGCCGCCUGGUCGCGCAUCGCCAUACCAGUCGCCUACACCUCAGCGAUCGCAGCGUCUCUACCAGUCGCCAGUCCCCAUGAAGUGCGAGGCCGUGAAGGACCCAAGUGACCUGAAGAGGUAUCCCGAAAGGCUCAUGUCGCCUCAAAUGUAUACUCUCUUCAGGAGGUGCCUAUCGGAUAAGUUUCAUGAUCUGAGUAUGAACAGCAGCUUCGGCCCGGACCCGACUGGCGAUAAUCUGGCGGAUAAGUUCAGCGAAGAAAUGCUGGCAUGGUACGAUGACCAGGGAGGUCAGGACCCGAAAAAUGCCAGCUUUGUAUGACCUUGAAGUUGUAUGACCUUGAAGUUGUAUGACUUGAAGUUGUAUGACCUUGAAGUUGUAUGACCUUGAAGUUGUAUGACCUUGAAGUUGUAUGACCUUGAGAGGGUGCGACCUUGAACUUUGUGCAUACUUGAGAUGGUGUGACCUUGAAAUAUGUGAUGUAACCUCAACAGACGAUUGGAGAUGUCUGAAUUUUUUGUAAGAAUUCAAAAACUGCGCAGGCAUGCAUGUGACUAUGCAACAAUGGUGCCAUUCUUUAGGUUUUGUAGAAAUCACUUUCUAAAUUGAGACAGAACUGAAAUCAGCUUAGUGUACAUUAUCAUGCGUUUAUGUGCUUUCUAGAGCCAGUGAUAUGUUGCCAGUGCAAAUCCCAUGCAGAUUACUGAACUACACCCUACUCACCUGGAGUCCCUUCACGUCUUGGUACCUUGGGAGGGGGGGGGGGGAUUAUUGAUGCGUUUUGUUUGUAUGUUGUACAUACAUAGCUGUCAAAUUAUCUUUGAGAUAUAUCCAGUAAACAUGUUUCGUUUGUAAUAAACCAUUUUUAUUCAAA